UGCAAUGAAAAAUACCCUACAUUUCCAUUGUAGAACGGAAUCAAACUUUUACGUUCUCGAGACAUAUAUUUUGCAAAUCUCAAAUUAUCGGCAUCAGAAAGAAACAUGGAGAUGAAAUUGGUGGCGGAGGCGGCGGACGAGACGGCCUAUGAGGGUGACGGUGGAGGUUACUAUUCAUGGUCAACUUCCAAAUCUCCAUUGUUGAAGGAUUCAAAGCUUGGUGCCGGCAAGCUUCUCCUCCACCCUCUUGGAUUCGCUCUUCCUCACUAUGCUGAUUCCUCCAAAUUCGGUUAUGUUCUUCAAGGUGUGUGCACGGUUGGAUUGGUGACACCAAACAGUACCAAAGAAACAGUCGUAGUGAUUAAGAAAGGGGAUGUAAUUCCAUUGCCAAGUGGAGUGGUGUCAUGGUGGUUCAACGGUGGUGAAACUGAUUUGAUCAUUGUAUUCAUUGGUGAAACUACCAAAGCUCAAAUCCCAGGUCAAUUCACCUACUUUUUCAUGGCUGGAGUUCUUGGGAUUCUACGCGGAUUCCAAUCAGAUGUUGUUGCUAAAGUCUUCGGCCUGAACAACAAGGAAGCGGAAGAUAUUGCAACAAGCCAACCAGGUGCUCUGAUUGUUAAACUGAGGAAUGGAAUUGAGUUUCCCAACGCAAGUGAAGACGUUAAGGAGAAACUAUAUGGAGCCAUUGAUACUCCGGAACCGGAAGCGGAUGUGGUUGUGAAGGGCGGUGGAAUCAUCAAUUCCUUGACGGAAAAAGAUUUUCCGAUGCUUGUUGGGAUGGGUUUGAGUGCAAGAUUUGUGAGACUGAAAGGUAAGGCUAUAUUGGCACCAAGCUAUGUGGCAGACGGGUCGGUUCAAGCCAUUUAUGUUGCCAAGGGAAGUGGUCGGAUCCAGGUCGUGGGUGGUGAUGGAACUCCUAGUUUUGAUGAUGAAGUGGGAGAAGGGGAAUUGAUGGUUGUUCCUCAAUUCUUUGCUGUUACUGUGAUUGCAGAUGAGUGUGGAAUGGAGCUUUUCUCGAUCACAAAUACCUCCAAGCCUGUUUUCGAGCAACUAGCUGGAAAAGUGUCGGUUUGGAAGGCAUUAUCACCUGUGGUUUUACAAUCUGCUUUGAAUAUCAGUCCUCAACUGGAUCAAAUUUUCAGGUCGAAGAACACCGAAAGGUUGAUGAUUAUACCUCCAAGAUCUUAAGAAAUAUGGCUGGUGUAAUUAAGGGCAACGUUGUGGUUUGAAUUAAUAUUAAUUAAUAGCAAAAUAAAUGCAUGUACUUCGAUUUUCUGAUUUUAAACUUUAUUGUUCCAGUUGUUUGUAUAAUUGUAUUUGGUAUUUGGUUAUCAAUCGUAUCUCUUAUGUUAGUU